AUGUCAAAGGAAACCGACAAAGACGUUAAUGGCACGACGGCCAUGUUUGAAAUAGAUGAGGUCGACGAGAAAUCUGAGAUGCUUGUGGAACCAGAGAUAGAGAAUAAAGCUGAAAAAUAUCUUAUAUACGGAAUCAAUGAUUCCCCUCCGAUAUAUGUGACAAUUAUAUGUGCAUUACAGCAAUCGCUGUUAGCUCUGUCAGGUCAGCUGAUUGUGUCGCUGUUAGUAGCUGAAGCCGUGUGCGCCUCAGACAACAACGUAUUCAAAGCGAGGCUUCUCAGCUCGACGCUCUUCAUGAGUGGUGUAACUACAGUAGCUAUGAAUCUAUUUGGUAUUAGGCUACCCUUAUAUCAAGGAGCUUCAGCAUCAUAUAUAAUACCCCUGUUAUUAGUGGCAAACACAGACGGGAGUUUCUGUUCAGGAGACGCAGUUCCAGAAAACCCGUUGUUUAACGCGACUGACAACACAACGUCAAGGGAAUUUCCUAUGGAGAAAAUAAUAUCCAACGUCCAAGCGUUGCAAGGCAGUUUAAUGAUAGCAGGCCUGAUUCACGCACUUUUCGGCUUCACUGGAAUAGUUGGACUGCUGUUGAAAUUCGUUGGUCCUCUCACAAUCGUUCCUGCAUUGGUGCUAAUAUUUAUAUUCAUUGUUCAACCGGUUUUGAAAUUUGUGGUAGUCAGCUGGGCAAUAUCCAUGUCCACUGUAGUUGUCGCUGUGGUAUUGUUUUUGUAUCUUGGUAAAUAUGACAUGCCAGUACCGGUGUGGACUCCUUCCGGUGGUUACAGAGUUAUACGUUACCCGUUACAUCAAGUUUUUGCAAUUCUUAUUUCUAUAAUUAUCAACUGGGCGAUAUGCGGCAUAUUGACCAGAUAUGACGUCUUUCCUAAUGAUCCUAGCCACCCGGCCUAUAGAGCACGGACAGAUGCACGUGUUGACGUCAUCGAUAACAAUCCGUGGUUUACUGUACCAUAUCCAG